AUGGCGAUGUUUCCCGCGUUCGGUGAAUUUGUUCCAGGGCGUGACACGUGGCACACAUAUUCGGAACGAUUGGAAUACUACUUUGUGGCGAACAAAAUAAAAGACAGUGAUGGAAAACGGGCUAUAUUUUUCACCAUUUGUGGGGCAGAGCUUUAUAACCUUGUGACCUCAUUAGUGGCCCCAAAGUCAACAUCCGAGGUGGCAUUUCCGGAUAUUUUGGCGGUACUCACGCAACACUGUGAACCCAAACCGAGUGAGAUCGUGGAAUCGUUCAAAUUCCAUAAUAGGAACCAGCGCGAAGGUGAAUCGGUGGCGGAAUUCGUGGCGGACUUACGACGGCUCAGCAUACACUGCAAUUUUGCGGAUUUGGAUCGUAUGUUGCGGGAUCGGGUGGUGUGUGGUGCGCGGGACACAAAGGUGCAACACACACUUUUGACAAAAGACAACUUAACAUUUAAGGAAGCGGUUGAGUUGGCCACAGCGGCUGAAGCCACAGGCCGCAAUGUCCACGAUCUACAGGUGCAGCAGGGCACAGAUGCUGGGGCAGUGCUGAAAGUGGGACGCAUCAGGUACGACAAAAAGGUGGUUAAGAACGACCAGAAGCGGAGUCAAGUCCAGGUGGACCAACAACUUGCAGCUGACAGGCGUGCGUGUUGGAGGUGCAAUGGAGACCACAGCCCAACCCAAUGCCGACACAUCCAGACAGUGUGCAAUUUUUGUGCUAAAAGAGGGCACCUGGAAAGGGCGUGUAUCACCAAGAGGAGGAAAGGUAAUACAGGAGUGAAUGGGGGGUCCCGAGACCGAAAGGAGAUGGGCAGGCCUAGUAAGAGUGCCAGUGACACUGCCGGCACCUACAACCUUACAAACCAACCAGACAGUGACGAAGAGGAUGGAGCAGUUUACAAGGUAUUUCAGACGUCGGCGAGCAAUUGUACGAGUGAACCACCAAUUGUUUUAGAUGUGUGGCUGAAUGGUCAGAGACUUCCUAUGGAAAUUGACACUGGCGCAAGUUUCUCGAUCAUCAGUUUUGAGACAUACAAGAAACUGUGGCCCGAUCGACCAGCCCUAACAGAUGCAAACCUGGUUCUACACACGUGGUCGCAGGAAAAGUUGGGGGUUAGGGGGACUCUAGAAGUAUUGGUACAGACAAAGACUAGUGAAUGUAGACUACCAGUGUUGGUGGCGGAAGGGAAGGGGCCUAGUCUGGUGGGCAGGAAUUGGUUAGAACCACUGGGUAUACAAGUAGCAGGCAUUUACCAAAUAUCACAUCAGGAAGUACCCCCUGCAGUGCAACACCAUGCACGGGUGUUAGACAGUGUAGAGCUGGGCAAAUACGUAGGGCCCCCAGUGACAAUGGAGCUGGAACCUGGAGCAACAGUUGACCGACAGGGACCCUGUCCUCCGUCAAGUAAAGCAGCACACAAGCCAAGGUUGGCAGGGCAGGAAGGCAGACUCUGA